CCCUCGAUUAUAAAAAAAAACAUCAAAACAAAUUUUGUCUCGGAUUAACGAAAAUCCAAAAAAUUCCCGGUGAAAAUCGUGAAAAUAAAAGAGUGUGCAUCGGCCAAACCUUUUUAACCAUAUUGUCGUUUCCCGUAAUUACUUGACUUGUGUUGGCUAUUCAGGACUUGAUUUAAGGACAAAUUGAUAAAAAGUUGUAAACUAACCGGCUCUCGUCACAAAUAAACAAUCAAAUGGCAGCCAAGCUAAAAUGGCAACAAUCACAGCAGCGGAAAGACCCCAUCAUUCCGGAACCCACCGAACCGCUGCUGGAAGUAUUCAAAGAGGAGCCCGAACUGGAGGUUCUAAGGGAAGAACCCCCUCAUGACAACCCAACCGCCCUGUACGAAGUCUUACUCGUACCGAAAACGGAACCAGCCGAUCCCACCCCGGAAGUGGCCCACUUCUGUGCCCUCUGCCUGCGGCCGGGCACUUCCGGUCAGGUGGUCGAAUUCUCCGCCAACCCCAGCUGGAACUGUCUGGAUGUGCCGAGCGGCCGGGACAAGUUGGCGCUACUUUUGGGCGUGGACAUUGAGCUUGAGCGGUGUCCCGUUUGUCGGUCCUGCUGUAUCAUGGUGGAAAUGAUGGCCGACUUCCGGGAGGGGUGUUUGAGGGCGUUCGCGUGGAGGGAGCGGUUCAAUGUUGGGUUGGACUGGGUUGGGGACGACGAUUGGCUGUCCAAGGAGAACUUUGAGGGGAUGGCGAGGACAAGGAAGGUGGUUCAGGAACAUGUGGAGCGUAUUAAAUUGGCUGAGAUUGAGGCGCGGAACAGACAGGGCUUGGACAUGGAUGAAAUGAUGGAGCAGAAGCCAAUGCUGGAAGAUGAACAGGAUUCGGUGAAGGAAUCGCCGCCCAUGGUUGAAAUCCCCAAGGAGAGCCAAUUAACCUUGGAAAAGCCGGUGAUUACAACGUACAGCUGCGAAAAAUGCCAGCGGAAGUUUGAAACGCAAUCAGGUAUGAGGAUUCACUUUGAUCGUUGUAAGAAAUCGUCCAACAAGAAGCCAAACGAUCCCCAACUGCACAAGUGUUCCAUCUGUUCGGCCAAUUUUACGGUAUUGUCCAGGCUGCUAGAACACCUCAAUAAGCACGAGGGAAUUAAACCGUUUGAGUGCCGUAAGGAAAAUUGCACCCAAAGCUUUCAUGGACUCCAAGGACGAUUAAAACAUGAACAAAAGUGUAAGGGGAACUCCUUGCUGGAUCCAAGUGUUGACCAAGAAUCCCAGGAAAGCUCAACUGUGGACAUCGCUCCUGAGGAAAACCAACCAAAAAUCUUCUCGUGCAGUAAAUGCCCAAGGAAAUUCGACACCAAAGGGGGAUUGGUGACUCACCGCCUAAACUGCAUGAAACCUGCAAAGAGCCCUCGGAUUCACACCUGCUCAAUCUGUUCGGUUGAAUUCGGUAGUGCUAACCAUCUUGAUGCACACAUGAACAAGCACAAUGAUAUCAAACCGUACAAGUGCAAAAAUGAAAGCUGCGGAAUGGACUUUUACGGCAAACUGCACCUAUACAAACACACCGAGAGGUGUGGCAAGAUCAAACCAGUGUGUCCUCUCUGCGGACUUCAGCUUUCCUCGAAGGCAACACUGCAUGCGCACAUGAAAACCCACGCAAGUGCCACCGAAGCUCCAGUGGCUCCAGUGGCCGAGUGCGAAACGUGCGGCAAAAAGUUCAAGACUAAGAAAUCGCUCAAAAACCACCAGACGGUCCACCUGAACGAGUGGAACUAUCCGUGCGACGAGUGCGGCAAGAUGCUCAAGACGGCAGCUUCGCUGAGCGUGCACCGGCGGAUUCACAUGGAGGUGAAGCCGUUCAGUUGCGCCGUGUGCGGCCAGGGAUUCACGCUCAAGAGUCUCGUUGAGCGGCACAUGCAGAAGUGCCACGCGGAAGUGGUUUUGGUGAAAUAAAAAAUCAUUCGCAUAUUUAGUUU